AUGCUUUUUGGAACGAGCCACAAUAAGAAGACAUCACUCUUUACCUUUGUCACAAAUGUAAAAGAUUCUGUUUUUUCAAGAUAUCUUCAAACCAGUCAAGUGUCCCAUCAUGGACAAUGGAGUGGUAAACCAUUUAUAAUGGUGAAAACUCCAGACGCAUUCAGUCUGUCUGUGGGGAGGCUGAGAGAGGAGAUGAAGCUCUGUGUGAGUCUCUGUCCUCCUGGACCAAACGUUCUGCUGCUGUUAGUGAAACCUGAUUUAACUGAGGAGAAUAGAAAAACUCUGAAGUUCAUCCUGAGUUUGUUUGGCGAAGAUGUCUUUAAACACUCCAUGGUCAUCAUCACACAUGAGGAAGAGACAAGUUUCUCUGUCAAAUCACUCCUCAGCGAUUGUGACGGUAGACACUACAACAUGUUUGAAAAUGAUCGUAAACAGCUGAUGGAGAAGAUUGAAGACAUUGUGCAUGAGAACAAAGGAAAAUUCCUCCGAGUCACUGAAGAGUCCAUCGGACCAAAGUCUAAACUCACCAAACCGGCUUUAAACCUGGUUCUGUUUGGGAGGAGAGGAGCAGAGAAGACUUUAGCAGCCAAGGCCAUUUUAGGUCAGACAGAGCUUCAUUCAGUCUCCAACUCAUCAGAGUGUGUUAAACAUCAGGGAGAGGUGUGUGGACGUUGGGUUUCCCUGGUGGAGCUGCCGGCCUUGUAUGGAAAAUCUCCGGAGGCAGUGAUGGAGGAAUCACUCAGGUGUAUCUCCCCCUGUGAUCCUGAGGGUGUCCAUGCCUUCAUCCUGGUCCUACCUGUGGCUCCCCUCACUGAUGAAGACAAGGGAGAGUUAAAGACCAUCCAGAACACAUUCAGCUCUCGAGUCAAUGACUUCACCAUGAUUCUGUUCACUGUGGACUCAGAUCCUACAGCUCCAGCUGUUGUUACAUUCAUAAAAGACAACAAGGACAUCCAGAAGCUCCGUGAGACCUGUGCAGGAAGAUAUGUUGUUCUCAACAUCAAGGAAAAACAACAGAUCCCAGAACUGUUGGACACUGUAGACAAAAUCUGUCUCUCCAAUGAUAACCCAACCUGUUAUACAUGUAGAACAUUCUUACAUGCCCAAAUGGAAAGAGUUGUACAGCAAGAGAAACAAAUCAACAACCAACAGGGCGAACUUGAGAAGCUGAAAAAGAAAAAAAACAGUGAUGAUGAGAAGCAGAACACAGAGCCUCUCAGGAUUGUGCUAAUUGGAAAGACUGGCAGUGGAAAGAGCUCAUCAGGAAACACCAUUCUAGGAGGAAUGAAGUUCAAAGCUGAAUUAAAUCAAAAAUCAGUCACUAAAUGGUGUCAGAAAGAAAUGACUAAAGUGGACAAUCGUCCUGUUGCUGUGGUUGACACUCCUGGACUAUUUGACUCAACUUUGACCCAUGAAGAAGUUCAUGAGGAGAUGAUGAAAUGUGUCAGUCUUCUGGCUCCAGGACCACAUGUCUUCCUGUUGGUGUCACAAGUUGGCAGAUUCACACCAGAGGAGAAGGAGACAAUGAAAUAUAUCAAGAACUGCUUUGGGAAGAAUUCAGAAAAGUUCAGCAUGGUUCUUUUAACUAGAGGAGAUUCACUGAAACACGAGGAGCUCACAAUAGAAGAUUACAUCGAAAGAAAAUGUGAUGACUCCUUUAAGAAGUUGAUCUCUGACUGUGGAGGAAGAUACCAUGUGUUCAAUAACUAUGAUAAGCAAAACCGCACACAAGUCAGUGAGCUGAUAAGAAAGAUUGACACCAUGGUGAAGCACAAUGGAGGAAGCUGCUUCACCAAUGAGAUGCUUCAAGAAGCUGAAGCUGCGAUACAGAAAGAAAUGCAGAGGAUCCUGAAAGAGAAAGAAGAAGAAAUGAAGAGACAGAAGGAAGAGCUUGAAAGUACGUAUGAGGAGAAAAUCCAAUUGAUGAAAAAAAGAAUGGAAGAACAGAAAGCAGAAAUCGAUCACGAAAGAGAGCUGAGAGAGAAACAGCUCAAAGAACUUCAAGACAUUAUCUGCAUUAAGUCUGAAGAGAGAAAGAAAAAACAAAAACUUAGAGAAGAAGUAGACAAAAAGAACAGAGAAAAGGAAGAACUUCAAAGACGAGAAUGGGGGAAAAAAAAUAAAGAGCUUGAAGAAAGACUAAGAUUAGAGUCAGAUUUAAAGGAAAUAAUUGAAAAAGAGCGUAAAGAUUACAGAGAAAGAAUGAGAGAGCAACAAGAGACUUGGGAGAAGGAAAGAAAAGAAUUGGAGGAAAAACGAAAACAAGAAGAUGAAGAGAAAGAACAGAAAAUCAGGGAGCUCCAAGAAAAAUACGAUCGAGUAAAAGAAAAGUUGGAACGUGAAAAAAAGGAAGAGGAAAGAAUAAAAAGAGAACAGGAAGAGAAGCUGAAAGAGUUAGAUGAGAACUAUCAGAAACAAAUUGAGAACAUGCAGGAGAGGUUUGAACAAGAGGCCAGAAAAACAGCUGAAGAAUUCAAUGAAUUCAGAGAGAAAAAUGAGGCUGAGCUAGAAAAACUCAUGAAGGAUGUGACUUAUCUGAAGCAACAACAUGAGAAAGACCUGCAGGAAAAAAAGGAGGAAUAUGAAAGAUUAAAGGAUCUGUCAGACCACAAAGAAAAUAAUCUGAAGAAAGAAAUGGAUGAACUACAGGGUAAACAUAAAUCAGAAAUAACCGAAUUAAUCCUGAUGCUUCUGACUCAGAAGAAAGAGAACAAGAAAAAAAUAAAAAUGAUGCAGGAAUCACACAGAAAAGAGGAAGAGAGGCUGAAGAAACAGUUUGCAAAGGAAAGAAGGGAUGAAGAGAAUGAAAAAAUUGGCACACUAAAGAAAACGCAAAAACUAGAAAUGGAAGUGAACAUGCUUCCUCUGCCCCAGCAUCUGGUCGUCUAG